AUGCCGGGCUUCCUCGUUCCUCCGUGGUAUCACGACGAUGGACCCAGCGACGCGUCGGUGCGGCUCGCGCUGUUGACGAUUGGCUUCUUCACGGCGGUGACGUGCUUCACGCUCGUCAAGCUCAUAUACCAGACGUAUUGGUUCUGGGUCCGGUCGCUCAAGCCAAACGAGUACCUCUACAUGGUGUGGGGGGUUUGGAUCGUCGCCAUCGCCACCGUCGUCGUCAUGUGGCUAUAUCUUUCCGGCAAGAUCGAGACGAGCUUUUGGUUGUUCUUUGGUCUAGUCCAACUAACGGUCAACGUCUUGAUACACAUACUCAAGUUCCUCAUCUCGUGCCCCCGGCGAGCGGCGCGGAUCAAGUGGACGGUGGUGGGGACGCAGAUGCUCAUGCUCAUAUCCGUAUACAUCGUCUGGAUCCCGGCGCAGCUGCAGGUCAACAACACGUUCCUGGCGCUGGACGGGGUCUGGAUCAAGAUCAUCUCGGUCGAGUGCCUGUUCGUCAACGGGAUGCUGGGCGGCUACCUCGCCCUGCUGGCCAAGAGGAGACGCGACACGGCCAAGGGCCUCAACUACUGGGCCGACUGCUUUUGGAAAAUCCUCGCGCUGGUCUCCAUAAUGACCCUGACGGAUGUAGGUUAA